AUGCGGCGAGAACUUUUUCUAAGCAUUGUCCAAACAUUGGAGGCUCGUGAUGAAUACUUGCAGUAUCGGGAAGAUGACAUUGGUAGAUCCGGACUUACGCCAUUGAAGAAGUGCACGGUUGCACUCCGGCAGUUGGCCUACGGCACCAAGACGGAUAUGUUCGACGAGUACCUUCACGCCCUGAUGAAGAUGCACGAGACGGCGCAUGACUUUCCUGGAAUGCUAGGGAGCAUCGAUUCGAGGUCGAACAACGAAAUCAACGUCUUCAACUCAUCCAACCUCUUCACCGAGCAAUGCAAUGGAAACCGCCUGACCAUCGAGUUCACUGCCAACGGACGCCAAUAUCAUAAGGGGUAUUACUUGGCCGAUGACAUAUAUCCAAGGUGGCCUAUUUUUGUGAAGAGGAUCAGCUGCCCAAUGGGUGACAGGAGAGUUUUAUUCGCGCGAAAGCAGAUGCUGCGUGGAAGGGUGUGGAGCGGGCAUUUGGAGUGCUCCAAUCGCGGUGGGUGA